CGGUGGCGCUAUUGUAGGGUUUCCAUUCCUGCUCCUUGCCUGUUGUGUUUACAUUUUCUAAGAUUCUUAUUGUGAAGAGCCAGAUGAUCAGGUCCAGUAAUUGAGUAAUUGGUGGACAUGAAAACGUAUAGCAAUCGAAAUUAAUCGUAAUGGUAGACAUGAAAAAAUUUUAAACGUUAGAAUUAGGCAAAUGUUUACGUAAAGAAUUGAAAUGUGAUUUACCCUACACAAAGUUCUAUUUCAUGAUAUUUGUCAAAAUCCAUCGUCCCUUUUAAAGUUCCGGGCUCAGAUAUACGCGCAUUAAGUUAGAUAACGUUUAUGUUCUACAGCGAUGCCUUUCAAAUCGAUCCUUGUUGAUAACACCCCUUACACUUUGCAAGACAUUUGCCUGCAGUCACUGGGAAAGUACUUGAAUUCAGCCAACCUUUUUCUGGGUGCACGAGAUGGUUUGUCCUUACCAACAGAGCUCUGUGAGAGAUUGUUGCAGUAUCAAAUUCAAGAAGACAGAGACUUGGACUCCCAGUUUGUCAGCAUAUUUGAGGAUACCAGCUGUACCCGUCUCAAACGUGUUUCACUCAAAUUGUGUACCCUCAAGGAACAUGAAGCUGAAAUCUUGUUCAGACAUGAACUCAGAGAGCUAGAACUAAUUCGUAUGAAGGUUGCCCCAAAAGUCAGAAGAACUUUAAAUGAAUAUUCCCAACAGUUGAUUUCGUUGACUGUUUCAGAAUGCAUUGAUUUCUUCUCACAGCCCAUCACUGAACUAUUGAUAACAGCUCCAAAAUUAAGAAAAUUUGUCCUUCAGUCAGUUCAUGUCGACCCUGGGCAUGAAUUCUUUUCUUCCUUGUUAAGGGGUUUCCCUAAUCUAGCCUAUCUGGAUCUAUCAGACUGCAAUAAUGUUGGUGAUCUGUCCUGCCUGUUACAUUGUCCUAAUCUAUCAACACUGAUUCUUUAUAAUGUAUCUGGUCUACAAGAUGCCAUUGAGUAUAUUUGCAAACUGGUUAGUUUAAGACAUCUAGAUAUUUCACAAAGCAGUGACAUUCGGGGGCGAUCUAAUGAAAAGAACGGAACAUACGAGCUACCCAAUCAGACUUUGGCAAUGCUUGUCGAAAGCCUGCCGUUUUUGAAAUGUCUAGAUAUUUCAGGGACGAAUUUGGCUGGAACAGGCGUUGCUGAAAAAACACCAAGUGGCAAUUUAGCCACAGACAUUCCAGGAUUGCGAAGCCGGAUUUCCAAUCCAUUGGAUAUGUUGGGACUUUACGGCACAUCCCACGAAGCCUGUCAUCGUCAUCACAUCCCUGCCCUUUGUGUCACUGGAGACGCCAGUGAAGAGCAAAUCCUAGCAGCUGGAAAGGCUUAUAUCGAUAGGGCAGAGAUGAUGCAAGGAGUUUUGAACGACUUGUAUGGCAUUAUAAGACCAGAGACAUGCCAAAAUCCACUGGCGGCUUUGGAUAUUAUAUUACAAGCGAUGGAAAAUCAUUGGACUGAAAGUCACAUACAAAUAUCUGGAAGUGCGUCGUUGUUUUACAUCGUGAAAAGCCCCGAACGUGAGCGAUCGUUGCUCAACGUCCGAAUCAAACAAAAAACCAUAUCUGUACUGUUGAAAGCCAUGGAUAUGCAUUGUGAUGAUCCUACAAUGAUGCGGAAUGGAUGUCUGACGCUUUGUCAGUUUAAAAUCCCUCAGGAUGUUUUAUUUAGUUACGAGAGGUUGAUACUGAUUUUGCUGCAUGUCGUGGGGGAUCACAAUCAAGAUGAUUUCGUCCGGCGAAUCGCCAUCUAUUUGUUAAACUCCUUGGCCUGCCAAGUUGACGGGAAGUUUAAACAACUGGUCGGUAGUCUUGGAGCGAUCGAGACCAUGCUACAGCUGAUUGAAGAGAAACUGAGACGCAAUGUCUGCGAUGACGUUAUGGAAGUAGCGUGGUCCACAAUGUGGAACGUUACCGAUGAAACUGCUCUCAACUGCAAACGCUUUUUAAGGCACAGCGGCAUGCAGUUCUUUCUUAAUUGUCUCAAAGCCUUUCCUAAUCAUCCCGAAUUGCUUCGUAAUAUGAUGGGUCUUUUGGGUAAUGUGGCUGAAGUGGAAGAGCUAAGACCGCAACUGAUGACUUCCGAAUUCAUCACCGUAUUUUCGGAUUUAUUAUAUUCAACCAGCGAUGGGAUUGAAGUGAGCUACAACGCAGCCGGCGUCUUGGCGCAUAUCGCAUCUGAUGGUGCAGAAUGCUGGAAAAUCAAAGAGCCUAAUCGCGAAGACGUUCUAAACCGAAUCGUCACCGCCAUCGAUCGCUGGGAUAUAGAUUCCAAGCGAAAUAUUAAUUAUAGAUCAUUUGAACCGAUUCUCCGUCUCUUGAACAUGGAUCAUACACCGCAGUGUCAGUAUUGGGCUGUCUGGGCAUUGGCAAAUCUGACUCGAGUUUACGCCGAGAAAUACUGUCGACUCUUGAAAGAAGAAAAUGGAUUUCAAAUCUUGGAAAAAUUGGUGGCCAGGACGGUCGACGAUAAAGUGCGACGUUUCGCCAAAAACGCGCUCGAAGGUUCAAUCGAAUAUCUCGAACGUAAUGCAGUGGCGGGUUGCGUCGAUGACCAUUCAGACGAAUUAGAAGGGUGACGGAAUUUCGCUUUUCAUUUUACCCUUUCCGAUUCUUUUUCAAGCUGUACACAUUAGCUGUCUGUAUGAUUAUAUUAUCGAUUAAGAGAAAUUUUCUUAAGUUAAAAAAAAAACGCCCGUUUUCUUUCGUCUUCAUUUUUACACGCUUCCCAACCUUUCUCCCCCCACAAAAAUGAUUUAUCUAUAUUUAUGAAAGUUAUUGAAACAAAAAAAUACUGCGCGUUUGGUGUCUUGGGUUUUCUGUCACACCAAUAUAGUUCUUACGAAAUUUAUUCAGCCGAAUGAGAGUAGCCUCUUGGUAAAUUGUGUACACCAUAUCGGUUGCCGACAAACAAGAUACAUUUCUUUAAUCCAGAUCGACGUUGCAAUACAAUUAUUCUUGAACUUA